AUGGCUGCCGGAGUCACGGUGGCCGGCCGGCGUCGCGGUGACGUCAGCGGGGUAAUUAAAAGGCAAACAGAACGCCACAUGCGAGCGGGUCCAGCAUGGCCGGGACUAGCAGGAAAUCGCCGCUUACAUCAUCUGACUACGUGCCACCUCAUACCUAUUGUUAUCAAACGUAUUAGUCAUAUCGCGCUAAAUUUCAAGAGAAGCUCGCCCGGGGGCAGGCGGAAUGAGGAAAAUAAAAUAUCACGUGACAAGCGACAUAACACUAAUUUAAAACCCCCCGUCCAAAAUGGGACUGGCGCUGUAAAUCAAGCCGCUCCCGCGCACGAAAAGCAAAUAAUUGUGGGUAUGAGCGAGCACGGACGACAUGCAAUGACACCUCCAGCAACAUUGGAAAGUGAGCGUCUGCCAUCUCGUUACAAGAUGAUGUUACAAUGUCGAGAACACCGCAAGAGCAUGCAACAAGAUGAAAGGUAUCGUGUGUUGUUGAGGGCCAUCAACACUACAUGGAAAGUUGUGGGGCGCUUACGAGCUCGCGUGACGGUGGAAAGCAAAGCGGAGAACGUACAUUGGACAUUGGAUUUAUUAAAGCAAGAAACUGUCGACCAUCGUAACAAAAGAAUAAGGUUCACAUUGCUAUAUAUUAUUUGCAGGAACACCAGCAUUGUCGCGGGUGUCCAUGCAGCCAUCGGAGAAAUUCAGAUGGACGAGAUAAUAGCAGCUCUAUUAAAAAUAUGUAGCGGAUAA